AUGAUUGCCUUAUUACUUAAACUUUUUAAUUAUUUUGAAGUAAUGUUCUUAUGCAUUUUAAAUACCCUAAGUAAAUGCAUUUGUUUAUCCAAAAUUUUAUACUUCAAAACUAGUUAAUUGUUCAUUAAUAUCAUUUCAUUUCAAUCUUAAAACCAUGUUAUUUAUUGUUUAAGUAAUAAAAAAAAUUAGAAUUUAUAAAUAUUGACUCUGAAAUGUUAGAAACAUACCAUUUUUAAAAUGCACUCAUGUAGAAAUAAAUAAAUAUUAAAGAUAUUUCCAAUCAAUUCAUAAUCAAAUAAAUUAAUUCUCUUUUAAUACAAUCUUUACAAAUCUCUACAUCAAAAGAAAAUACCAUCAAAAUUUUAGAUAGUCUAUCUGCAAUAGUUAAUUAAAUAAAAUUCUACAAUUUUUAUUAAAACUAUGAUAGUAUUCUUAUUUAGCUUAUUCAUCAAAUAGUUUUGA